AUGGUGCAACUCUUCAGGUCAUGGACUGCAAAUUCACAUGUCAAGAUCCUAGUAUCAAGCAGACCAUGGAACAUCUACGAAGAUCUGUUCUCGACACCGCAGUUAAGACUGGAGGAUCUCACUGCACUAGAUAUCCAAGAAUUUGUCUGUCAUCCACUAUACAACAGUAACAGUCUGUUCCGCAGGAAUCUUGAGCAGGAUGACCUGGAGACUUCCAAGACAUUGAUCUUUGAGAAAAUCUUAGAAAGGGCAGAAGGCGUGUUCCUCUGGGUUCGACUCGUGGCGAACUCAUUGAUACAAAUCUCGCGAGACGGUGCAACCCUGGAUGAACUCGUUGACGAGCUCCAAAACAUGCCUGACGACUUGGACGACUUUUUCCUGCGCAUGAUGAACGCCAUUCAUCCACGCUACCAACGGGAAGCCUCAAUCAUUAUGCAAAUUGCACUUGCUGAUUUUGAACCCAUUAUCGACACAACGUGGUAUAAAUCAAGCAUUACUAACACUCUCUUGCUGAGCGAUUUGUCUUAUCUUGCAAUAAAAGAUAGUCCAUAUUUGUGCUUGAAAUCAUCAUUUCAACCCUUGAAGUACGAAAAAGCCAAAUAUUUGCACCAUAAGCUCAAACGCAGGCUUGUGGGGCGUUGUAUGGGUCUGCUUGAAGUGGCCGGCAGACUUGAUAUUUGGGGUGCGAAGAUUGUCUUCCUCCACAGGACGGUCAGGGACUUCCUUUUGAGCGCACCAGCGAAGGAAAUCCUACUUAAAUCAGCCGGUGGUGUCCCAUACGAUGCUCACGCAUUCCGCUGCAAUGCUGCGUUGGCAAACAUGCUGACCAUACAGGAUGAAUUUCCGGAAGAUAAAUUCCCAGGCCUGUCCAAAAUAUUCUGCCAACACAUCCUCAACCAGCGGCCCGGUGAAGAUAAAUAUGCAUUUGAGCUCUACAUCAAAUUCAGCUGA